AGGAUGAAAUAAAUAACAAAAAAUAAAUUUGUAUAUACAUAUAUAUUUGUGUGUAUAUUUGUGAUACCAUAUAAAUGUGUGUAUUUUGUUAGUACUUGUAGUUUGGGCGCACAGGAGUCGACUCAAGCAAAUAAACGAAAAUCAGUUAUCCCACGAAUGCGACCAUAAUAAUAAAAUAAAACUACAAAUAAAAUCAGCAAAACUAUGGGGGAACCCAGCCAUCGCAAGCUUAGGAAACGCGCAUUUAAAGGCGUUUACAACGCGGAAUGCUCGACAUCUGAUGAAAAAAGCGAUCUCAAGACGCUUAAGAACGCGAGGAACAAAGCUGCAACCGCUAAGAUGUAUCCAAGGCACGAGAUAAUGUUCUCGAAGGAACCAGGUCUGGAGAAUUACGCAUUCCGCAAGGAGUUAACAGUUACACCGAGCGACUACGACUACUCACUAACAUCUGACUCAACCGAUUCAUUAAGUCAUUCCUACAAUCGUAUUUCAACGCGCCUGCGAGGAGGAGUCAACAACCCGGCCGAAAGGCGUGUCACGGGUAUUGUUACUGCACCCAGCGAAUGUAAAUCCAAAGCACUGGGCCUAGAUCACAUUACACCAGACACGAAAGUAAAUGUUGUCGAAAUGAAAUUGAAUCUUUCUGUCGAAGCAGAGAAUAGUCCUGCUCAAAAAUAUGCUUACUGUAAAUAUUUUGAAGAGAUUAAGGAGAAAAAAGUCAAAACUAGAGGGACGCAGUCAUUGUAUCGUGAAUCCUCUGCUCAAACUUUGCCUUAUCUUCCUGAAAUUGCAAAUACCGAGCGUGAUUUAGAGCAAAUAGAGCUUUUCAAAUUACCCACCAUUUUACCUGGCGAUGGCCCUCCCGGUUUAUAUCAAGUUGAAGUACUUGAAAGAGCGCGUAAGCGUUGGGCUUUCGCUCGAGCACUAAAAGAGAAUCUGAGACGUCAAAUCCAGGAAGUGAAGGAACAAGCCAGGCUUUCGGAAGAUAGUGUUGUACUACAAGCUUUCGAAUGGGAACAUUGGAUAGAACGCGAAGAGUACAUACAAGAAUGCCAGAUGUUACGACUAGAAAUACUUAUUGGCAUGUUCAAUAAGCGGGAAGAGAAAAUGCAUACCACCUCAAAGGUACGCAUUGAGCGCAGCUAUGAAGAAAUACUUGCACGCCGUGAUGCUUCCUUGCAUAAGAAUCAGGUGGAGUAUGAAAGAGGGAUUCGCCAACUGGAAAUCAAACGGCGACGUGUGCCAAAGUGUUGGCGUAAAGAAAAUAUUGUUAGCCAGCUCGGUAGUCCGAGCUCGGAGUUUUAUGGACCACAGUUACGUUACGGUGUCAAUCCGGCACGCAGACACUUUGUUGGUGGUCGUAAGGAAUUUGAAGCGCGUAUGGAUGAUUUAGAAAAGCGAGCAGUUCAAUUUACAAAGCUAAUAUGUCCGUUCGCAAAGCUUAAAGAAUGGGCUAAACCCAAGCAACGCCUUUUGGAAAUCGAACAGAAUUUCUGCUCUGAUGAGAACCUUCAGAAAAUGUAUGAAACCUUAACGAGUUUACGUAAAAAAGCUGUAAAGCAAAAGAUCAUGCCAAAAUGUCUCAUCCAGAAGACCAAGCCAGUUGUAACAAGUAAAGUUAUAUCCAGAUCAGAUUACAAUAUGGAAACCAAAGUUGAAGAAAACGUUGAAGUUUAUGAGAUUCCAGAAAAGAAAGCCAGCGAAGGUGAGCUUAAACGCAUAGAAGACCGGAAAUUCCGACAAUCUAUAGAAGAUAAAAAGCAACGAGCACAAUAUCUUUUGCAGGAACUUUAUAAUGAGGAAGUCGAAGGCAUGGUCAAAGAGUAUGAAGGUACUACAAUAGGGUGGAUUAUGCGUUUCUUAUCAGAAGAAAUGGGUCGCUUGCAAGAGCAACGUCUAUUACAUUAUAUCACAAUGUUAGCACAAAAGGAGCGUUGGCGGCGUGAAGCGGCCGAAGCUGGGCUGCGACAGAAAGAAAAUAAUAUGCGAAAAAUAUACGAAGAAGUAUAUAACGAAACGAUGGAUGUUUGCCUUAUUGGCCGCACAUAUCUGAAUACGAUUUUAGAUAAAGACAUCCCGAAUAUUGCUCAUCAUAAGGCAGAAGAUGAAGUCUUAGAUAUGGCACGAAUCAUCGACAUAGACAUACAACGCUGGUUGGAUUCACUGUAUGACAUACAAAACCCACUAAAUUAUGAUUCCCUUCGCUAUAACCUCAAGAAGAUAAUGUUUCCUGAUCUGAAUGAAAUUUUAAAGCAAAUAGAGAUUAAACAGAUGUUACAUAAUAUUAUUGAAGAAGUGCUUUUCGAUAAAAUUUUUACAGCUUUGGAAGCUUACGAUAUAUGUACAUUCCUGGUGAAAGAACUGGUCGAUCGUCUCAUCGAUCUCGAUUUGUACUACUUUACUUCAGAAGACACUUCAAAUUGUUCUUGUCUCGCUUGCGAAUGUGGAGAGAAUGACCGUGAAAUAAGAGCUCUAUUACGAAAAUUAAUACGAUGUGCUGUGCCUGGUCGGCGAUGGAAAACACCACUCGAGCGCACAGUCAAAGAAUUGCUAGUUGAUUUGAUCAAAGAAGUGGUUGAAGUCACCAAUGCCAGAGGAUCAAUAUUCGAAAGUGAUAGCUGGACUCGGUUUUGUAAAUUACAGUUAUCUCCUUCACAUAUGGAUUUACGUUAUCCCUCCACCCACGCCCUUAAAUCCUCUUCCUUAUCAUCCGAGUCUUCGACAACUUCUAUUGAUUUAAUUGAUAACAUUUUAACUGGUGUGUAUGCAGAACACGAACCAUUUUGGACGCAAAGUGAAUUGUCAUCUUCAGCUAAAAAAGAGGAGGAUAUAUCAUCUGUCUUUCAGUAUAUGCCGGAAGCCUUUUACUAUGAACCGUCCGAGACCACCGACCCUGAAUCAGACACAUUGCCAGUAAAAGUCUUAAAUGAAAUCUACAAAGAACUUUUACAUUUCAUAGGACCUGAGGAUGAAAGCGAUGAUAUAGUACAAGCUGAAGAUAGACAGAGUACCAGUAGAAGCAGCCAAAGUCGUAAAAGCAAUGAUGGUGGCUUACGAAGUAUAAUGGAAGAAGUGUUUAGAAAAAUAUCAAUUCUUGAAAACGAAAGUGAAGGUAUUGAAACUAUAGAGCGUUCUGCAUCUUCUGAAGUACCCAUACGAGCACAAAUUAAAACAGAUGAGGAGGAAAUCGCUGAAAUCUAUCAAAAAUCAUUACCCCUUGAAUUAAUCACUGACCAAUCAAGCGAACGAUUUUCCUUCCAAUCAUCUGGGGAGAGUAUUGAAGAACCGUUAACACAAGCGCUCGAGUUUUCCACGACCACAGCCGUAAAAGUCGUGAAGACUCCUAAAACACCAUCCAAAGAAGAGAUACAAGAAUUAGUAGGACAACCAGAGGAAGCAUUGAAAUCAGAAGAAGAGGCGCACUUAGAAAAGCAUUCCUGGCGAGGCAGUGAUAUAAGCAAGAAGUCGUCUUUACGUAGUCAACGUGAAAGUGCUUAUAUCACGUCACGCGUACGGAUCAGUGAGAAAUCAGAGAUAGCUGAGUUUAAAAAAUCGCCCUCGCAGAUAAGUGUUGAAAAACCGACAGGAACACGUGAGUCUGCUCAUGUUCGUAUCAGUCAGGAAAUCUUGCAAGCGGAAGACAAGCCAGAGGCUGAUGAAUAACGCAGUUAAUCAAUUAUUAUAUUCAUAUUUGUUAUAUAUUUUUUACAGAUGUAAUACGAUUUUUAUGAAUAUUCUCUACAAAUAAAAAUAUAUUUUCAAUUAUUUCUAUUUCAA